CUGUAAUUGCCAUGGUUCACACUGUAUAUGUGUGUGUUGCAUAUUUUCUCCAAAAACGAAACGUGGCAAUUAAUAUAGGCUUAAGAACAACGAUUCCAGUUUAAAUUUACAAUUAAAAUUUAUCUAUUUUAGCUGUUUUUUUUUAAACUGAUUUUUUUAAUGACAUUUGAAUUUGACAGGUGGUUUGAGCGGUUUGAGGUUAGUAGAAGAGAAACGGUAGAGCUGGCGAUUGUGUGCAAAAAACAGCCCAAAAGCGUGUACAACUAGCGAUUUGUACUUACAUAACCCCAAACUCUCCUGUCAAAGCCAUGCAUGCAAGAUGAUGAGCCCCACGGAAGUAAGCAAAAAAAUAAAGGAUUACGAGACUUUUCUUGAAGAUACUUUGAAGAGGGACUUGGCCGACGUGCAAAACAUCCUCAAGGAUAAAGUGAAAAAAUACAAAGAAUGGGAGGAAGUGCAGCAGGUGACAAAAACAAUAAACGAAUUCAAGGAGAAAGACCGUGACAUGGUCGUCCGGGUAGGUUUGGGUUGUGGUGUUCACGUAAGUGGUGAAGUUUCCGAUUAUGAACGGACUUUUGUAAAUAUCGGGCUCGGUUGUUUGUUGGAGAUGGACUGUGAUGAAGCUGACAAGUAUUCCAACAUCAGAAUGAGGAGUUUGAAGAAGGACAUUGACCAUUACAGAAGCUUGGCAGUGCAUGUGAAGGUGAACAUCAAGAUGGUCCUGUUGGCUAUAAGUGAGCUGCAAAGCCUGAUGUUGAAUAAAUAAACCCUUAACUUUCAAAACAA